AUGAGCGCCGCCACCACCGCAGGGCCCAAUGUGUCCUGGUGGGCGACCGCCAACGAGUCCGGAGGCGGCGCCAACGCUUCAGACGGCCCGGCCCCCGCGCAGCAGCCCGUGGACGCCUGGCUGGUCCCGCUCUUCUUUGCUGCGCUGAUGGUGCUCGGCCUGGCGGGGAACUCACUCGUCAUUGUCGUCUGCCGCGACAAGCAGAUGCGGACCGUGACUAACUUCUACAUCGCCAACCUGGCGGCCACGGACGUGACCUUCUUGCUGUGCUGCGCACCCUUCACGGCCCUGCUCUAUCCGCUGCCCGCCUGGGUGCUGGGCGACUUCAUGUGCAAGUUCCUGAACUACAUCCAGCAGGUCUCGGUGCAGGCCACGUGCGCCACGCUGACCGCCGUGAGCGUGGACCGCUGGUACGUGACGGUGUUCCCGCUGCGCGCCCUGCGCCACCGCACGCCUCGCCUGGCCCUGGUAGUCAGUCUCAGCAUUUGGGUGGGAUCCGCGGCUGUGUCGGCGCCGGUGCUCACCCUGCAUCGCCUCUCGCCGGGGCCGCGCACCUACUGCAGUGAGGACUUCCCCAGCCGCGCCCUGGAGCGCGCCUUCGCUCUCUACAACCUCCUGGCGCUCUACCUGCUGCCGCUGCUCGCCACCUGCGCCUGCUACGGCGCCAUGCUGCGCCACCUGGGCCGGGCCGCCGUGAGCCCGGCCCCCGCCGACCGAGCCCUGCAGGGGCAACUGCCGGCGGAGCGCGCUGGCGUGGUGCGGGCCAAGGUCCGUCUGGUGGCUGCAGUGGUGCUGCUGUUUGCUGCCUGCUGGGGCCCCAUCCAGCUGUUCCUGGUGCUGCACGCGCUGGGCCCAGCGGUUGCCUGGCACCCGCGCAGCGACGCUGCCUACGCGCUCAAGAUCUGGGCGCAUUGCAUGUCCUACAGCAACUCCGCGCUGAACCCGCUGCUCUAUGCGUUCCUGGGCUCCCACUGCCAGGCCUUCCGUAGAGUCUGCCCCUGUGCUCCCCGGCGCUCCCGCGCCCGCAGGGGACCUUCCGAUCCCGCCGCCCCCCACGCGGAGCUGCGCAGUGUGGCCAUCCACCCAGACCCCGCCAGGACGCCAAAGCCGUGCAGCAGGGGGCCGGGGGCCGGGGGCCCACAGGCUAAGCCGGGGCCCUGCGAUCAGCCCCCAGGGGUCGCCUUUCGAACUGACGGGUCCCGGUUGCGCCCACACCCCACCAUGGCCUUCCCCUCGCUUCAGUUUACCGCUCUGCGAAAUGGGGACGACAGCAGUCGCCGCUACCUAGGAAUCUGA